UUUCAGGAUGGUCCUUUUUGCAGGUCCUGUGGAGGGAGGUGAAUGCCCAAUCAAAGCGGCCAGGAGUGCCAACAGCUCCAGGGCUUGGCAAAAACAGAAGGCUCAGCUGGAUCUGACCUCCAUGGGGCGGAGGCCACAAAGGCUCAUGCGGCGGCAUCUGGGUGAUAAGCAGAAGUACCUAGAGACAUCAGCAAUCUGGGAGGCCUUGCAGGAUGUUGUUCCCAGGACCUGGCAGCAGGAGCUGCUCCAGCGAAUGACACUGCCAGUGAACAAUGGUGCCUGGAGUGCCUCUGAGCUGGAAGAGGAGGUGGGGUUUCUUCAGGCUGUCAGUGAGGACCUGCUGAAAAGGAGGCCUCCAGCCUCCCCACACUGGCAUCUCCUCAGCCUCCUGGCAGUCCAUGGCACCAGCCGGCUCCUGCAGGUCAUUCUGGGCCCCUGCUCACCGAACGUCAACAUCCAGCAGCAUGAGGCCCUGACUGGCACCCUGAUGCAGAUCCUUCACAAGCUGGAGCAAGCUCUUCAGGAACUGGGGGCCGGCAGUGAUGUCAUCACCAUGGAGACACCUCUCAUCAGCAUCUACGCACACAGGGUGAACUCUUCCAGGCUGGGCAAUAUGGCGUUCUCCUUCCCUGACAACCCAUGGGCAGCCAGAGUCAUUUUGCCAGAACAGUCUGCACUGGGCGUUGUCAUCCAACAGAAUAUCCCAGUGGAUGUGCAGAUGGUGAGCUUCCUGGGCAACCCUUUUCCCCCAAGCUCUGGGCAAGGGGUCACAGGAGCUGUAGCUGAACUGAACCUCCUUUCUGAUGGCAGCCAUAUCAGUGUUAGCAACCUGAGCACCCCUGUCCAGAUUUUCCUGCCCCGGGUUGUGCCCACAGCCCCUACCGAGUCAGCUGCCUUCCUCUCUCCGGGGGAGGCCCUCCUUCUGACUGUGAACGUGACAUGGACAGGGGGAUCCCUGAUGAUCCACGCUCACCAGGACUCUGUGGGACCUCUGGAGCUAUUCCUGCAGCCAAGCGAGCAACUCCGGGAGCCCAUUGCGCCCAACGUCGGCCUGGAUGGCUACACUUGGCUAGUGAAGGAGGAAGUUCUUCGUGACCUGAGAGGAGCCCUUCAGUUCCUGGUGGUGCCACUGAACCUCUCUGCCAGCCAGGGUCCUGCCACCUUACAUGUCAGCACCUAUGGGAUCCAGUGCGUCUCCCGGCACCUGCCUGAUGCCCAGUGGCAAGAGGCAGGCUGCAAGGUAGGAGAGAGCAGCAGCCUGGUGGAAAGCCACUGCCUCUGCACCCACCUCUCCUUCUUUGGCAGCAGCUUCUGGGUGGUGCCAGUCCAGCUGGACGUAGUGCGCACAGCAGAGUACUUUGGCCAGGUGAACAAGAAUCCAGUCCUGGUUGUGGUCCUGGGAGUCGUCUAUGCCCUCUACUUGGUGGGGGUGGCCUGGGCCCGCUGGUUGGACACACGCCCCCUGCCCCAGGUAAGGCCAGCCCUCCUGUCCGAUGAUGAUCCCUGUGCCCAGUAUGGCUACCUGCUCCAGAUCUGCCUACAUGGGCAGCAGAAGGUCCCCGGAGGCAGCCCCUGUCAGGUCUGCAUCUGCCUCCAGGGAUCGUCUGGUGUCAGCAAGCCUCGGCGCCUGCCCCUGGAUGCCAGCUUCUUCCUCCUACGGGAGCCAUACCCACUGGGAGAGCUCCAGAGCAUUUGGUUGUGGCAGGAGCCCCACUCCACCCCACAGCUGCCCUGGCAUAUCGCUCACAUCACAGUGCGAGACCUGCAGCAAAGUAGGAGGUUCCAUUUCUCUUGCCAGCCGUGGCUCGUCCCAGCAGCAGGGGCCCCACACAGCACUGCCCAGCAUUUCCUGGCAGCUCCACAGCACCAGCCAACAGCAUUCUGGCCCAUCUUCCGGCAAAGGACCCUGAGCGGUCUUCGGGAGGAGCACACAGUGCUGACAGUGCUGCUGACCCGGACAGGCCAUGGGCGGCCCGUCACGCGGGUCCAGGGCCUCUCCUGCGGCUUCUGCCUCCUCCUCUGCUCUGCCCUUGUCAGUCUCAUGUUCUGGGAGGUGCCGCACGAGUCACCCGAGCUCCUGCGUGUCGGCAGCUGCUUCUCCCUCUCCUGGAAGGACAUCAUGGUCAGUGUGGAGAGUGCCUUGAUUACCUUCCCUGUCAACUUGCUCCUUGUAUUCAUCUUCCGCCACGCUGAACCACGCAGGAGCCACGCAAGGCCCGGCCUGACAAUGGCUGUGCCCAGUGCCCCUGCCAGCCCAACAACCCUGGACACUGUGCAUGAGAGCCUGCGUGGGGCAGUGGAGACGCUGAGCAAAGCCAGCAAGCAGAGCCAACAGCUGCUGCAUCCUGACAUGGACCUUGAGGAGCUUCUGCAGUGGCUGGCUCGUUUUAUCCACCCUGAUCCUAGGGAGGAAGAGGAGGCAGCAGGGAGGGAGCCCAAGAUCUCUAGUGUGGUGCCCAGCCCUGAUACGCUGCACCAGACCUACUGCAACCGCUACCUCCUCCUGAAGCUGCGGCACAUCUCCCGUCUCCUGGGGGAGCUGGAACUAGGAGUCCUGACAGCCAAGCACCCUCUGGCUCUGCAGCAGCGCGUGGAGGAGAUGGCCAGGAGUCUCGAGCUAGCAAGCCCCAUCCGGUCUCACUCCAUCCGAAGGUGGCACUUGCCCUGGUGGGGCGCCUGGGUGGGGUGGGCCCUGCUGGUCUCCCUCAGCGCAGUGGCCACCUUCUUCGCCUUGCUCUAUGGCUUCCGCUAUGGCAAGGAGAGCACCGAACGCUGGCUCAUCUCCACUGCCAUCUCCAUGGGACAGGCUCUCUUCGUCCUGCAGCCCCUCAAGGUGAUAAGCUUUGCCAUCUUCUGUGCCCUGAUACUGAAGAAAGCAGAAGAUGAAGAUGAGGCAGCCCUGGACCUGGAAGACCGGCUGUGCUCCCUCCAGUGAUGGGAGGGCAUCUUUCUGCAAGGCCACCUUGGCUUUUGCCACGCCAUGUGCCCAAGACCUCCAAUCAGCCUCUCCAACAAGAUGACACCCACACCUGUACAAAGGCCAGGACCAUCUCUCUGGAGGAACGGGAGGGCACAGCAUGGGAGGGGGACAGUGCAGCCCUAUUCUGUAACCUGCCAAUGGAGCCAACCCUGAACCCACCGAGUGUUGAAAGAGUUGGGAUGCAACUCAGCUUGCUGAGGGUUUGCAUGAGGUUAAAGUGGAUAGAGAAGGGAACCUCCAAGAUUGUAUAACUGCCCUUUGAUCUCUGUGAUGACCUUUCCUUUAAUAUUAGACUGAUAUUCUUAGGGUUCCUGACAGUGACCAAACUUCCUGCUUCCCCCUCUUCCUGCUGAAGCUGAAGGAGAGAGGACAUCUAUGGAUGUAUCUCUGCUGAGAGUAAACAGCAAACAUGACUCCCUUGUAGCUUCAAGAUUAAUUAGCUAAAACUAGGAACUCUUUUCUAUCCAAGUAUAUAUUUCUUAUAAUAAAUGGAGCUUUAUUACCUUCCAA